UGUUUUUUUUUAAAGAAUAGUUUUCGCUUUCGUCAUCAUAGGAGUUGUCCUCGUGAGCCUGUUUUUUUUUUUUUUUAAUUUAAAAACACACACAAAGGAUAAUUGCCAUUCAGAGAUGGGAAUGCGGUUCCGAUUGACGUGCAAGCACCCCUCCCUCGUUGUCGUGAUGGUAGAUCCCCUCCCCAGAUAGCGCGGGCGGGCUCGUGUGCUUCCUUUUCGUCUCCCACGGCCCCCCUCCCCUUCCCCUCCCUCCGCUCUGGCCUCGCCUAGGUGAUCGCAGAAGGACGAAGAGGCGGGGUUUAGCGGAGUGGGCGGGGCGUGCCCUUAUAAAUACGACUGCGGCGAAGGCGGCGCCGUUCAUUCGGGCGCUGCUCCAGGCUCUAGCAGAGGAUUCGUUUGCCAAGUGUGUCCAGCGUGCUUUUUGCGUCGUCUGCGCUUCCUCAUCUCUCAGUGUCCUGGUUAUCCUGUCUCCUUUUUUUUUUUUGUAGCUUUCUCCAGUGCUGCCAUGAACGGAUUCCGAAUCGAGGAGGAUACCUUUCUCUUCACCUCAGAGUCGGUGGGGGAGGGGCAUCCAGAUAAAAUUUGUGACCAGAUUAGUGAUGCUGUCCUUGAUGCACAUCUUAAACAAGACCCAGAUGCCAAAGUAGCAUGUGAAACGGCUGCAAAAACCGGAAUGAUCCUCUUGGCUGGGGAGAUCACAUCCAGAGCUGCAGUUGACUAUCAGAAAAUUGCCCGUGAAACAAUCAAGCACAUUGGCUAUGAUGAUUCCUCAAAAGGCUUUGACUACAAGACUUGUAAUGUAUUGGUUGCUCUGGAGCAGCAGUCUCCUGACAUAGCUCAAGGAGUUCAUCUUGACAGAAAGGAGGAAGACAUUGGUGCUGGUGAUCAGGGCUUGAUGUUUGGCUAUGCUACUGAUGAGACGGAAGAGUGCAUGCCCCUGACCCUCCUCCUAGCACACCAGCUGAAUGCAAAGCUGGCAGAGCUCCGUCGCAGUAAUAUCUUGCCCUGGCUGCGACCAGAUUCUAAAACUCAGGUGACUGUGCAGUACAGACAGGACCGUGGUGCUGUCAUCCCUAUUAGAGUUCACACAAUUGUCAUCUCUGUUCAACAUGAUGAGAAAAUUGGUCUGGAUGAGAUGAGGGAUGCUCUGAAAGAGAAAGUGGUCAGAACUGUUGUGCCUGCAAAAUACCUGGAUGAUGACACAGUCUAUCACCUGCAGCCUAGUGGCCGUUUUGUAAUUGGUGGCCCCCAGGGAGAUGCUGGCCUGACUGGUCGGAAGAUCAUCGUUGACACCUAUGGUGGCUGGGGUGCUCAUGGAGGUGGUGCUUUCUCUGGAAAAGAUUACACCAAAGUGGACCGUUCAGCUUCUUACGCAGCUCGCUGGGUUGCAAAAUCUCUUGUAAAGUCUGGUCUCUGUCGAAGAGUGCUUGUUCAGGUUUCCUAUGCUAUUGGAGUGGCCCACCCACUGUCGGUCUCCAUUUUCCAUUAUGGCACUUCCCAAAAGAGUGAGCAUGAGCUGCUAGACAUUGUGAAGAAGAACUUUGACCUCCGCCCAGGGGUCAUUGUCAGGGAUCUGGAUCUGAAGAAGCCCAUUUAUCAGAAGACGGCAGCCUAUGGCCACUUUGGUAGGGACAGCUUCCCAUGGGAAGUGCCCAAAAAACUUAAGUACUGAAUCUGUUGGGCUUCUUUCCCCAGACCUGUUGGUGUACAUUACAGAGAAACCUUCAGGCUCUGCAGGAAAGGGCCCUCUUUCCUAAAAACUGAUCCUGUCCUUCUCUGCUCUUAACUUGGCACACUCUGUCCAUUUGCCAUGCAUAUUAGUUCCUGUGGGGACCGCAAGUUGCACUGUGCUUUCUCCUCUUCCUGGUGUGCUUGAUGUACGAGUAGAGCCAGUUGAGCAUAGGCGCUAUCUGUAAUAUAGAGAACAGGCUGUAGUCCAAACAGUGCUUCAGUCUAGUCCUUUGUAUUGCCUCAAAGGUUAACAAUUAACUCUCCCCCCCCACUUCAAACAAUGAACAAGUAUCGUAUUGUGCACAGUCUGUUGUUCCACAUAGUCUCUGUUCAGAUCCCUAGAGCAUCAUGGUGUCAUGGACUGGCUCUACUAAGAAUGUAAGUCCACAUUCCUCCCCCUGCCACAUCAAUUUCCAGCUAGGUUGUUCUCAUGUGAGCCUAUGCUUCUGCCACCUCCUCCUUGGCAGAUAGGCGUGCAUGCAACGCAAGUUCUGUGUUUGGAACUGCAGUCCACUGUUGCUUUUAUAUGGGGGCAGUCCUGGUUUGGCAGUCUAUGGUAUUAUGCUCUUAAAUUAAGUCGGCACCAUAUUUUAAUAAUUUCCUACUCAUCUUGGAGGAUGUACGUAAUAAGGUGUUUUUUAAAAAAAUCCUAUGCAUGGUUUUAGCACUAGCCAAACCUCAACAUCUUUAUCAAGCAGGCACUUGGCCAACCUUGUGAUGUGUUACAGAGAAGUCACAAGGCAGUGCCCAAGGUCUGUAGUCUGCACACUUUGGCACCUGGAAUCUUUUUUUCUUCUUCUGAAGAGCCAAGAAUUCAUGUUGCACAAAACUCCAGGGUUUGUCUUCAAAGCCAGAUCCAAACUGCAUUCUGAAGUACUGGUGUAGCUACAGAGAAACCAGCUCCCUUCAGAGAUCAAGUGCGUUUGGAAAGGAAGUGGGAUAAAUCCUACAUACUUGAAAAUUUUUUAUAACUGCUUAUUUAUUGUGUUUGUGACGGGGUGUGAGUACAGAGAAGCCCUUGUCUCAAAUGGCAGCUUUUAAAAUUUCUUUUUGACACCACAAAUUCCUUGACAGUUCCCAGCAUUCCCUGCUAGGCCAAGGUGUCCUACAGAAAAGCCUUGGGUCACAACCUACAGGGGGUCUGGCUUGUGUAAAACAGGGGAGGGCAGUGCUAGGGUGACUGGCCCUGGGAAAGGCUGACUUGGCUGGUGUUGUACAGAGAAGCCAGCUUGUUUACCUGCCUAUCCUAGGACCAGUGACCCGAGCAGGAAGUGCCUUUUGCGAUCCACUCUUCUGGGCGUUUAUUACGUAUGUCUGGUUCUUGAAAUUCCAAGUUGAUUGACGAUCUUAAUAAAAGUGCUAGGUUCUAUCUUAA